AUGGCGCUCAUACCGCUGAGUGCUCUUCGCCCCCCGCCACAAGCUCGCCCUCCAUUAUUCUUUCCUUCUCCGUUCUCCACGACCCUUUUUGACGUCAUUUCGACCUCCCCGUCAAGUCAGACGAGGUUAUAUCACUUUUCUCCUCCUUGUUCUUCAUUCUCGCGACAUUCGUUCGGGUCAGUUAUUGGGCUAUUGGCAGAUGCUCUCGAGAAUCGAUUUACACACUCGGACACCUUCUCUUCUGUUUCUUGGGUCAAUCUUCCUCUUUUCGUUUGUCUUAUCUUCGAGAUGUCAACGAUUGUAUACAUUGCGGAAUCCGCAGUCGAGCCACCAUUUUCUGAUGUGGCGCCCCGUCUUCGUCGAAUGCGAGACCCUUUAUCGUUUUCGUUGGCGACACCGCCGGUAUCCAGUAUCCAGAUUCCGGCGACGAAAGACGGAGACGAAGAUGAGAUCAAAGAACCAUAA